CGGCAGCGGCGCUACCUGCUCCUGGCCGGUGCCCCCCGGGACCUUGCCAUGCAUGAUGGCUACACCAACCGGACCGGUGCUGUGUACCUGUGCCCCCUCUCUGCCCUCAAGAACGACUGUGAGCGGAUGGACAUCACGGAGAAAAGUGACCCUAACCGGCACAUUAUUGAGGACAUGUGGCUUGGGGUGACGGUGGCCAGCCAGGGGCCUGCAGGCAGAGUCCUGGUCUGUGCCCACCGCUACACCGAGGUGCUGUGGUCGGGGUCGGAGGACCAGCGGCGCAUGGUGGGCAAGUGCUAUGUGCGGGGCAAUGACUUGGAGCUGGACCACAGUGACGACUGGCAGACCUACCACAACGACAUGUGCAAUAGCAACACUGAUUACUUGGAGACUGGCAUGUGCCAGCUGGGCACCAGCGGUGGCUUCUCCCAGAACACUGUGUACUUCGGCGCCCCUGGUGCUUACAACUGGAAAGGAAACACAUACAUGAUUCAGCGGAAGGACUGGGAUUUAUCUGAGUACAGUUAUAAGGAACCGGAGGACGAAGGAAAUCUCUAUAUUGGGUACUCGGUGCAGCUAGGCAGAGCCGUCCUGCACCCCUCAGACGUCACUAUUGUGACGGGAGCCCCGCGGCACCGACACACGGGCGCCGUCUUCCUGUUGAGCCAAGAGGCGGGCGGAGACCUGCGGAAGAGGCAGGUGCUGGUGGGCACGCAGGUGGGCGCUUACUUUGGCAGCGCCAUUGCCCUGGCAGACCUGAACAAUGAUGGGUGGCAGGACCUCCUGGUGGGUGCUCCUUACUACUUCGAGAGGAAAGAGGAGGUAGGGGGUGCCGUCUACGUCUUCAUGAACCAGGCAGGCACCUCCUUCCCUGCUGAACCCUCCCUCCUCCUCCAUGGCCCCAGUCGCUCCGCCUUCGGCUUCUCUGUGGCCAGCAUUGGUGACAUCAACCAGGAUGGAUUCCAGGACAUUGCUGUGGGUGCCCCGUUCGAGGGCCUGGGCAAAGUGUACAUCUACCACAGCAGUUCCGGCGGGCUCCUCAGACAGCCCCAGCAGAUAAUCAGCGGAGAGAAGCUGGAACUGACUGGCUUGGCCACCUUCGGCUACUCUCUGAGUGGGCAGAUGGAUGUGGAUGACAACCUUUACCCAGACCUGCUGGUAGGGAGCCUGUCGGACCACAUCGUGCUGCUGCGGGCCCGGCCCAUCAUCAACAUCCUCCACAGGACCUUGGUGGCCAAGCCAGCUGUCCUGGACCCCACGCAUUGCACGGCCACCUCCUGUGUGCAGGUGGAGCUGUGCUUUGCUUACAACCAGAGCGCUGGAAACCCUAACUACAGGCGCAACAUCACCCUGGCCUACACUCUGGAAGCCGACCGGGACCGCCGCCCACCCCGGCUCCGCUUUGCCCGCAGCCAGUCGGCCGUCCUCCACGGCUUCUUCUCCAUGCCCGAGACGCGCUGCCAGACGCUGGACCUGCUCCUGAUGGAUAACCUUCGCGACAAACUGCGCCCCAUCGUCAUCUCCAUGAACUACUCUUUACCUCUGCGGAUGCCUGAGCGCCCUCGGCUGGGGCUGCGGUCCCUGGACGCCUACCCGGUCCUCAACCAAGCGCAAGCCAUGGAGAACCACACGGAGGUCCAGUUCCAGAAGGAGUGCGGGCCGGACAACAAGUGUGACAGCAAUUUGAAGAUGCGGGCGGCCUUUGUGUCCGAGCAGCUGCAGCCGAUGAGCAGGCUCCAGUACAGCAGAGACUUCCGGAAAUUGCUCCUGAGCAUCAACGUGACCAACACCCCGAGCCUGGAGCGGGCUGGGGAAGAUGCCCACGAGGCGCUGCUCACCCUGGAGGUGCCACCCGCCCUGCUGCUGUCCUCUGUGCGCCCUCCUGGAGCCUGCCAAGCUAAUGAGACCAUCCUGUGCGAACUGGGUAACCCCUUCAAGCGGAACCAGAGGAUGGAGCUGCUCAUCGCCUUUGAGGUCAGCGGGGUGACGCUGCACACAAGGGACAUUCAGGUGCAGCUGCAGCUCUCCACGUCGAGUCACCAGGACGGCCUGCGGCCCGUGACCCUGACGCUGCUGGUGGACUACACGCUCCAGGCCUCGCUCAGCAUGGUGAAUUACCGGCUGCAAAGCUUCUUCAGUGGGACCGUGAUGGGUGAGUCGGGCAUGAAAACUGUGGAGGACGUGGGAAGCCCACUCAAAUAUGAAUUUCAGGUGAGCCCUGUGGGGGAGGGGCUGGCAGCCCUGGGAACGCUGGUCCUAGGUCUGGAAUGGCCCUAUGAAGUCGCCAAUGGCAAGUGGCUGCUGUACCCCACGGAGAUCACCAUCCAUGCCAAUGGGUCCUGGCCCUGCCAGCCUCCUGGAGACCUGGUCAACCCUCUCAACCUCACUCUCUCUGACCCCAAGAACAGGCCACAGCGCAGGCGGAGAGAGCUAGACCCUGGGGGAGAACAGGGGCCCCCUCCCGUCACUCUGGCUGCUGCCAAGAAAGCCAAAUCUGAGACCGCGCUGAACUGUGCCACUGGCCGUGCCCGCUGUGUAUGGCUGGAGUGCCCCCUUCCUGAUGCCACCUUCACCACCAGCGUGACCGUGAGGGCUCGCGUGUGGAACAGCACAUUCAUCGAGGAUUACAGAGACUUUGACCGAGUCAAGGUAGAUGGCUGGGCCACUCUCUUCCUGCGAACCAGUGUCCCCUCCCUCAGCAUGGAGAACAAGACCACGUUGUUCUCUGUGGAUAUCGACUCAGAGCUGGUGGAGGAGCUGCCGGCCGAGAUCGAGCUGUGGCUGGUGCUGGUGUCCGUGGGUGCGGGGCUGCUGCUGUUGGGGCUGAUCAUCCUCUUGCUGUGGAAGUGCGACUUCUUUAAGCGGACCCGCUACUACCGGAUCAUGCCCAAGUACCAUGCAGUGCGGAUCCGGGAGGAAGAGCGCUAUCCGCCUCCAGGGAGCACUGUGCCCACCAAGAAACACUGGGUCACCAGCUGGCAGACCCGGGACCGAUACUACUGAUGACCUCCUGGCCCAUGCCGUCUCCCCACAUCCCCUCCUUCCUAUUUAUCGUUAAGUUAUGCCUCUGGGGCACCGCCACUGGGCAUCCCCCUGCAGGACUUGCCAUUCCAGCACAUUGUGCCCUGUGUCUGGGUGCACGGGGGGCUCACUGGUCCUGGCCUGUGCUUGUGCAACACGGAUGGUGCACGGACUCGCUACGUGCCAGCCUUUGCCCGUGCCAAACCAAGGGCCUCUGCCAAAGCAGGAGGAAAAGGCCCCUGCGUGGUGAUGCCCCCUCCUCACACUGGGUCCACCCUGAGCCAUAGCCACUGGACCGACUUUGCUGCCAAGAGUAAACUACUGACAGGGCCCAGCUGUGGCUCCCUGGCCCCUGCGCGGCACAGCUGGGGUCCCGCCAAGGGCUGCCCAGGGGCCAUUCUCGGGACCUGCCUUCUCACUCCAGAGAGCUAAUGAGCCAGAAAGCAGGUCCCAGAAAGACUUCCUUCCAUGACUCUCUGACGCCUUUCUCCUGGGCCAUGGACCAAACUAGCAGGGAACACAGCCCAAAGGGACAGAGGGACAAAGGGAGGUGCAGAUGGGCCACUCUGAGAUGGUACUGGAGCAUGGCAGAAGCUUCUGGGGAACAGGGGACCAGCCCUUGGCCAGGCAGAACUAUAGGAUGAGGAGAUACCAGUUCCCACCCACUCCUUCUACCCUAGCCUCUAAAGCGCCUGGAGACCCUGCAAAAUGUCAGAGGGAGCGACGCUUGAAUGUAGGGCAGGGACAGAGCCCUGUUCCCAGCCCAGUUGGCAGGCCCUACUCUGUCCCCACUGACCAUGGAAUGGGGCCUGGAGGUGGUGUUGGCUGCCCUUGGCUUUCAGAACCACCCUGGCUGCCCCUCCCACAUGGGCUGUGUCUGAGGCCCGUAGCAGUUGAGGCUGGUCUCCAGUACCUCCACUGGCCGCCCUCCCUCUCCAUGGUACUGUAACAGGGGGCUUCCCCCAACCCCUUGUGCCUUGUUUGUAUACGGGCUUCUCACGGCGACCAAUAAACAACUCCCAGUUUGUACACCUGCCUCUGCCCUGCAUGUCCCGGCCCUUGGCAGCCCCAGUUCUAUCUAAA